AUGGACAUUCUAGGUCCUUUUCCGGCGUCUUCUUCGGAGAAUAAGUAUCUUCUUGUGGUAGUGGAUUGUUUUUCCAAGUGGGUGGAAGCUUUUCCUUUGAAGAAUAUUAGGGCGACAACUGUAGCGGAGAUUUUUGUUAAUCAAGAGUUGUCGUGGAUGUUAGGAAUGAAGAAGACGAGGACUACUGCGCUUCAUACGCAGUCUGAUGGGCAGGUUGAAAGACAGCAUCAGACGAUAAUGCAGUAUUUGUCUAAAUCUUCUAGGCAUGAAGCUACAGGGGUUUCACCUGCCGAAUUGAAUUUCGGGCGUGAUUUGCGUCUGCCGUUAGAUUUGUUACGGGGCUCUCCGUCAAAUUACUGUUCAAGUUCUUCAGAAGAUUAUAUUUGUGAGUUGGAAUCGAAAUUAGAGGAGAUUCAUCAGGAUGUUAGAGAGCGUUUAGAAAUGAAAUCGAACAAGGCAAAGAUGCGAUACGAUUUGAAAGCUAGAAGCAAGGGGAAAGCUCCUAAGUUGCAGAGAAAUUGGGAGGGGCCUUACAUGGUUGUUAAGAAAUUGAGUGAUGUGGUAUAUUGUAUUCGUUGCUCGGAUAGGCAUAGAACUAGAGUGGUGCAUGCUGAUAGGUUAACUUCGUUUUGCGAAAGAUGGGAGCACGCGUCGGAGUCCCGUGUAGACUAA